AUGAGCAACAAAUGCAAUAUCAAGAUGCAGAAGAAAUAGGCAGGGAAAAGGAAGAAAUCCCUUUGGCAACAUACAAGGCAAUCAACAAGGAGGCAGUGGAAAGACAAGACAAACUAGAAAG